AUAUGAAAAUACAUCAUAUCCGUGAACAACACAACAAUCUAUACGCAGAUAUAUGGUGAAAAGACAUAGAAGAUAACUGAAAAACACUGACUUCGACAGGCUGGUAUCGACCCCAGGCUGAUACUAUACCUGCUAACAAUAACAUCGAUAUUUGAAUCGACCCGCCUCAUUUCCAGUGCGCAAAUAUUGGCACACAAACAAGACUACUGGGAUAUCUUUGCUAGUGGUAAAUUAUGAUUGGAGGUGUCAGUCGACACUGGAUCGGGCGUGUCAGAAGCCGUUUUUAGGAGUGCGUUUUAAUCGCAGAUGCGCAUUGGUGCCAAAGAGGAAUUGGUGCAGUGUAAACAGACUGCUGUAUGAACUACUUUGGUAAACAUGGGCUUCGCGCGAUCUGUUUUGGGGUAAAAUGUCAUUUUGAUUUGUCAAAUGGACCUCGUAGCAGUCGCGCCCCACCAUGUCUGACAAGCAAGGGAGUGCAGAGGCGAAGGACGCGACGACCACCACCUCAACCAGCAGGACCGCGUACGGCAGCACGCCCCCUCGGCCGACCGCCAGCGGCAGCGAGCGCCUCCCCGGGCCGAAGAGCAGCGUGUGCUCCCGCUCGUACUUCGUGGUGGUGAUGGUGUUCUUCCACGUCUACAUCGUCAACGUGAUCGCCCUGCUCUUGUACGUGCACUACAGCAGCGGGCAGGAGGACGCCAGCAGGCCGGGUCGUGACGCUGCACCGAGCGGCGAGCAGCACGGAUUGUCCCCGCGUACGCCAUCGACCGCACCGUCCCUGCGUGACAUUUCUCUCCCACGCAUGGAGGGCAUCCGAGUGGGACAUGUUCAGAAGGUGUCAUUAGUUCCUAAUAAAGUCCACGAAAUGACAACUUUGAGUAUGAAACCUCUGCUAUUUGAGAUCCCCGGGUUCUUGUCCGAGGACGAGUGUCGCGUGGUAAUGCAGCUGGCCCAGCUAAAGGGUCUGAUGGAGAGUCAGCUGAUGGUGCAGGAUGGCCAAGAGGAGCUGGCUAAGGAGCUCAACCUCAGCCCGGAGGAGAUCUUCAACCUUCUAGAUAUCAACCAGGAUGGACAGCUGCAGCUGCAUGAGAUACUGACGCAUUCCCGCGUGAGAGACGGCAUCUGGCUCACACCGGAAAAUUUGCAAGAGAUAUACGCCGGGCUCAAAGUGGACAAAGACGGGAAUGGUUUGCUGAGUUUGGAAGAGUUUCGGCUUCUGAGCGCGGAUGCCUUCCAGCGCUUUCUGCUACAGCGAGGCGUGAAAAGGAGUCAGCUGGUGAGGAACAGUCAGCACACUUGGCUGUACCAGGGCAGAGGAGCGCAUCGGGUCCUUCAAGAAAUCAAGAAAAGAGUGACUCGUCUCACGCGGCUGCCGUCCACAUUGGUGGACCUGAGCGAGCCACUGCAGGUGGUCCGCUACGAAGAGGGCGGCCACUACCACGCCCAUCACGACAGCGGCCCCGUCUACCCCGAAACCGCCUGUACCCACACGCGUCUGGCUGCCAACGCCUCCACCCCUUUCGAGACGUCCUGCAGGUACAUCACUGUUCUCUUCUACCUGAACUCUGUUGACGGGGGCGGGGAGACCGCAUUCCCUGUGGCAGACAACAGGACCUUUGAUGAAGUGUCACUCAUUCAGGACGGCAUCGAUCUCAUGGACACAAGGAGGAACUGCGACAAGAGUAACCUCAGGGUGAAACCUACCAAAGGAAAAGCUGUUUUCUGGUACAACUACCUUUCUGAUGGAAGAGGAUGGGUUGGAGAGCAGGAUGAGUAUGCGCUGCACGGGGGCUGCGUGGUCACCCGUGGGACAAAGUGGGUGGCCAAUAAAUGGAUCAAUAUUGAUCCGGAUUACCAGCGCCAGGCUCGCUACCAGCAGCUGGUGUCCCAACAGCCAGAGGACGAGGAUGACGAUGGUCUGACAUUGCAUUCCGAUAUCCAUCAAGAAUUGUAGCGCAUCCCCCCUCACACACACACACACACACACACACACACACACACACCCCUGCCUCUCUGUCCUGUGCACGACACGUUUGGUGACCCCGUUUGAGGCAGCAGGCACGGUUUCUUCAGGGAAUGAGCUCACUGUGGGUUUAUAUGCAACUUCCGAGGCACUUUUGUCACCUUCUGUUUGGAUAUUGUUAUCCUGUGCGUUGAUCCAUCUAGCGUCUAUAGUUUUUCUUAAGGAUGCUCCGAUCAGAGUUUUAUGCUGCCAAAAUUGUCAAUGUGAUGUGACGGGAGUGGCUCCGUCAUCGGCUGCGGCGCGCACACAUCCAUGCAUACACAUCUACUCCGGUUCCCACGUGACAGUCUAUCCUUUUAGGCUGCAGCCCUGCUAUUGGCUAUAUGAUAUGAAAAAAGAAGCAUAAAAUCACCUUCAUUUAGACAAAAACAUAUUUGACUUUUACUUUUUCAAGAGGCCAUAUAUCACCACUGGUGAUCCAGAGGAUGAGACACCUUCUUUAAGGAGACUUUGGACGUGAGAGUACAUUGGUGGAGCUCUAGCAGGACUUCCAGGUAGCACAUAGGUGGGCUCCAAGUGAGAGGACCCGGUGUCUUCCACCGCUGACAAAGGCUGCUCGUGUCGUCCAAUGAAUUCAGUCAUUUUUCGGGUUAUUUGCUCAACCUCCAGACUGUCACGCACAUACGGCCAAGUGCCGUCCAGCGUUUUGGCUGCGUUAGCUGUCGUCUGCCGUAUGAGCCACAGGUGAUCGGCGUUGAAAGGCAUUUAUCGGCAUAUGCCGAUCACAUGACUUUUCAUGGAAAACGGCCGAUACUGAUCGUUGGCCUGUCGAUCGGAGCAUCCCUAGUUUUUCUCUUCCCGUUUUUGGAAUGUUGCACUAAGAAAAACGCAUCCAAAAAUCCCUUUGCAUGAAGUAGCAAUACAUGUUUUGCUGUUGCUCUAAAAAUUGCACUUGACUGAGAUUGCUCAUGAAGUCUUUUAGUAGAACUUGUUCACUUGGUUCUUGCUGCCAUGACCAAAAAAAAAGACUCACACAGUCCGUGUGACGCAUGUUUGCCUUGUCUUUGUUCCUUGAAUCCUUUAUUUUUGAUUGUAAUACACAAAGUAUGGUUGAGAUAUUCUAUUUUCUUUUUCUAACGUGCUCUAUUUAUUUCCCACAUGGAAUAAUAAAGUUCAAUCAAACUUCA